AUGGUAGAGACUCUACCAUUUAGAAGUUGUAUGUUUUUGCUUGCCUUUUUUCUCAUUUCCUUAAUAACUGUCCGUCUGUAUGCAUAUAAGUAUGCAUAUGCUUAUACGUUUGCUACCUUUAAGUAUAAAUCUCCCGACAGUGCGGCAAAAAAUAACUUUUCCCAAUGGGAGGUCAAGUAUGCCUAUAAGUCUCCCGAUUGCUUCAAGAAACUAGCAAUGACAAUCAACGGGGAAUCUCCAGGGCCUACCAUCUAUGCACAACAAGGGGAUACAAUCGUUGUUAAUCUUACCAACAGUUUGCCCACCGAGAAUGUUGCACUCCAUUGGCAUGGAAUCCGACAGAUUGGAACACCUUGGAGUGAUGGAACUGAAGGGGUGACUCAAUGUCCAAUCAUGCCAGGAGAUACCUUCACAUACAAGUUUGUAGUUGAUAGGGCGGGAACAUAUCUAUACCAUGCGCAUUAUGGACUGCAAAUAUCAGCAGGGCUGUAUGGAUUCAUUAUUGUUUCAGUACCUGAUGGAGUUCCUGAGCCCUUUGUGUAUGAUCAUGAUCGAAGCAUCAUUCUCAAUGAUUGGUACCAUGCUAGCACUUACGAGCAAGCCACGGGCUUAUCUUCCAUAGACUACCGUUGGGUUGGAGAGCCACAAUCACUUUUGAUAAAUGGAAGAGGAAGGUUCAACUGCUCUGAAUUGGCUCAGAGUCGUGCCAUCAAAGCCCACCACGACUUUGUAGACAAACCGCCGCCCAGAUCGGAUAGGGUGAUUGUGCUUCUGAACACACAAAAUUUGAUUGAUGGUUAUCACCGUUGGUCUUUGAAUAACAGAUCUCUUGUCCUUCCCCACACGCCCUACCUCAUUGCACUAAAAGAAAAUUUCAUCGAUGCCUUUGAUCAAAACCCACCUCCGGAUAGUUAUGACAUUCAUAAUUAUGAUAUAUUUAGUGUUCCCGACAAUGUAAAUGCCACAUCUAGCAAUGCCAUUUAUAGGAUAAGUUUCAAUACCACAGUGGAUAUUAUACUGCAAAAUGCAAACACCAUGAUCCCGAAUCAUAGCGAGACACAUCCUUGGCAUAUGCACGGCCAUGAUUUCUGGGUUUUAGGUUAUGGAAUGAAUAAGUUUGAUAAGGAAAAAGAUCCAGCAACGUACAACCUCGAUGAUCCAAUCAUGAAGAAUACGGUGCCUUUAUAUCCAUACGGAUGGACUGCUUUGAGGUUUCGGGUGGAUAAUCCUGGUGUCUGGAUAUUUCAUUGCCAUAUUGAGCCUCACUUGUUCAUGGGCAUGGGAAUUGUGUUUGAAGCUGGGGUAGAGAUGGUGGGAACGUUGCCCACGUCUAUUAUGGGAUGUGUUCGUUCGUAA